AUGGCAGAAUUUACAGGUUACAAGGAAACCUCAAAUCGGCACCUACGAUUCAAAUUGCAGAGUCUUAGUCGCCGCCUUGAUGAACUGGAGGAAGCAACCAAAAAUCUGCAGAAGGCAGAGGAUGAGCUGCUUGACCUCCAGGACAAAGUUAUCCAGGCAGAAGGCAGCAACUCCAGCAUGCUUGCUGACGUUGAAGCCCUGCGGAAGAGAGUGCUGAAGAUCGAAGGCAAGGAUGAAGAAAUUAGGAAGGCUGAAGAGCUUUGUCGGUUAAUGAAAGAAAAACUUGAAGAGGAAGAGAGCCUCACCCGAGAGCUGAAGUCAGAAAUCGAACACCUGCAAAGGAGAAUGGCAGAGCUGGAGAAGCUGGAGGAGGCCUUCGGCAGGAGCAAGAACGACUGUACGCAGCUGUGUCUUAGCCUCAAUGAAGAAAAGAACUUGACCAAAAAAAUAUCUACGGAAUUAGAAAUACUUAGAGUGAAAGUGAAAGAACUAGAAGCAUCUGAGGACAGGCUGGAUAAAACUGAGCAGAGCUUGACGGGCGAGUUAGAAAAACUGAAAUCCUUAGCACUGAGCUUUAUCACUGAAAGAAAACAUUUUAAUGAAAGAGAAAAACAGAAUGAAAAAAUAAUCCAGGAGCUAACACAGAAACUAGAGCAAAACAAUAAACUAAAUAGGGCAGAUCAAAGUAGAAAUGCAUCAAACUUGCUAGAAAGGUCAUCAAAUAAUCUCCUGGACAGAAAUGAUUUGAGAAUUGAAGAUGACUUGACUUCUGCAUUGCCCUCUAAGGAGACCAGGAGGAAGGGAAGUGUGGAUUACCUGAAACAUGUAGAAAAUGAAACCAGGAAUAAAUCAGAAAACCAAAAGAAUAAAAAUCAGGAAGACAACAAAGUGAAAGAUCUCACCCAAGAAAUUGAGAAACUUAAAACUCAGAUCAAACGUUUUGAAUCUUUAGAAGAAGAACUUAAAAAAAUGAGAGCCAAAAACAAUGACCUGCAAGACAGUUACUUGAGUGAACAGAAUAAAAACAAACUCUUAACGGGCCAGCUAGAAGAAAUAAAAAUGCAAAUAAAGAAACAGAAAGAUCUGGAGAACGGAGAGGUGGAAAAUGAAGAUACAAGCUUUUCUAGCAGGGGAAAACAUGACAGACCUAAAUACAGAGGUGUCACAGCUGAUUUGACAGCUGCCAAGCACAAGCCAAGGGAGCUCUCACCACAGCAGCGCCGGGAAAGAGCAAGGAACAGAGAUUUCUCUGUCAGUAAUGACAGCUACAGCCACGGUGGUAAGCAGGUGCCCAGUCCAAGCUUAAUGAACAGGAAAGCAGGAAAAGCAUCUGGUGUAUCUGCCCUUCCAGACACUGCUGUGGCAGAUACAAAAAGACUGGAAGAGAAAUCUUUAGUUUCCAGUUUUUCUGCUGGUCAGAAGGAAGGCUGCAUCAUGCAGAAUGAGGGGAAGAGAUCAAAAGAGCAGCCAUCUGUGCUCAGCCGAUACCCUCCUGCUGCACAGGAGCAGAAAUCUUGGAAAGCACCUUCCAAACCUGUUGGUGAAACAGGCCUAAGAUCCAAGGCUGAAAAGCCAUCUCAGGUGCUCCGUGGCAACUGCCAAACCGGUGCUGACGCACGGGAUGAGAAGUUAAGCAAAGGAGAAUCAGUGGCUGCUUUGGCCGAGAAGCUGAAAACAAGUCAGGCAGAAGUCGGUGACGGCUCGGGGGACAUGCUGCUCACCAGGGGUAACCACGCCGCUUCCAACGGCACAGCUUCGGCAUACAGGUACCACCUCUCCUCCCACGUGUCCGUGUCAGACUCCACAGGCUCUAAAGUUGAAGCAGUGAACACUUUUGCUGCAUCACACAGACAGCCCUCGGAGGGGAGGGCUAAAAGAUCAAUCGUCUCCCAGGAAAAAGAAUUCAUAUCACUUGAAAGUGCAAAGCCUUCAACACUAACAAAGCGCUCCCAUCACUCCAGGAGUCAGGAGGACAUUCUGCAGAUUCUUACAGCUCUUGAUAAAGACGACACAGAGCAGUCUUCAACGUCAGCAAUGGAUCAUGUAAGUACUGGCUUAAAAACAGACUCCAAAACCAUCCAGGGUAACCAGGAAAAACUUAAUUCAGAUGAAGAAUCGGGAAGAAGCAAAAAAACAAGCACUCAGUCAGAUUUUGAGACAAGAAAGAAAGUCAGUUCCAAGCAGUUCUCCAAUUCCAGGGGAGUUUUUAGAGCAUCACUUUUUGAAAAUGACAAAAACACUGUAAGUGAGGAAGACUCCACCAAAUGUGUAAAACCAUCAGAUGGCACUGGAGGAUUUAAAUCCAGAAGGUCAUUCAGCCCGAGAGAAGCUCUGAGAUCAAAAGCUGUCAUUAAACCUGCAAUUGUUGAAAAGGAUAUGAAGGCAGUCAUGGGAGGGACUGUUUCUGAGUCAGAGCCAGAAAAACAGAAGUCUGUUUUUAAAAUGGUAACAAAUAAAAUGACAAGCAGCAUCACAAUCUUCCCUUCUGAGCCAACAGCUGCAAGGACUAGUGCAGAUACGGCAGCAAAGGAACGGCAUGUUACCACCAGCAACAUCAGAGUUGCGCCAAAUGAGCCUUCACCAGUAACAAACAAUCUCCCCACACCCUUGGAGAUAUCGAUUAAUAAAAGUGCUCUGAAAUCAUCUGAGACGGACAGAAUUGGAGAGGCAGCGCUGAGAAGUAAAGCAGAAACAGUGGUGUCCAGAAGCAGCAUUAUGAUAAAGACUUCUGAACUCGUGGAGAGGAACAGUGAGCUGCCUUCGGAGACAGUCAGCUGGAAGAGCCAUGGCUCUUCAGAUGCAGCUUCAUCCGAAACAAAACAUGUCACUGUGAGAAGUUCCUGGAGAACAAGACAAGGCUUACAUUCCCUGGAAGACUCUCAAACCAAAGUGGAGAAAAGUGCAGCUUCCAGCACUACAAACACGUGUAGGUCCUCAGUGGACCUCUUAGAAAUGGAAGGGAACAAUGCCAGAACAAACUCCCUGGAGCAGACUUCAGAAAGGACCAGUGCCACAGCUAAUUCCUGGAGUGCCCCUGAGCUGGGGUCCCGAAGGACCAAAAGUAACUUAAGUGCAUCUGAACUGCUAACACGCAGGAGCUAUGCAAGUGAUCCUACAGCAGCUUCUGCUUGGCACCGGACCACGCUGCCUGAUGAAAGCAAAGAUUUUGUGCCCAGUUCCAGAAGAAAACAGUACGGCUCUUCUGAGUACCUCUCACAAGUUGACACACCCGGGAAAAGGCUAGCCACCAAGAUGGAGCUGCAGGACCCCGAAUCCAACCCCCACGCACCGCUGGGUCUCCAGGUGGAGGAGCAGGGUGCUUCCCGUGCCUGCCGGACAACAUCUCGGAGAUGA